AUGGAGCGUGUUGCAAUACUGCUUCUACUAUUCUGUGCACCAGUCACAUAUGGUUUGAAUUGUUAUUAUUGCAGCAUCGAAUCAUAUGUAUUUGAUAAUGGAGAUUAUUGUUUAACUCCUGCGGCGACACCUAACAUGACAUGUCCUAAUGAAACCUAUUGUCAAACCAUUGUUACGAUUGAAGAUGGAAUUGUCACUAUGGUUGAGCGAAGCUGCAAAAGCCCUGUAUCAGACGCCGACACAAACGACGAAGGAAUACCAACUACGGAAAAAUGUAAAACAAACAUUGCAGCAGACUCAAAUCCUGUGCAAAAUACUAUGUGCUAUCUCCCAUGUUCAACGGACUAUUGCAAUAGUCAAACAAUCAGUGAGUUUGCGUUGUGCGCAUCAAAUUGCAGCUAUGGAAUUGGUGGCGGCAGUUGUGACUACCUAACUGGCAAAUGUGUAUGCAAUCCAGGACAUACCGGAAGUAAUUGCGAUGUUGAAGUACAAGCAUCAGCACUAAUCAACUGCGUUCAAUGUAACUCGGAAACGGACACGAACUGUGCCUCCGGCUCAAUAAAAGCGUCUCCUUGUCCCGGCGCGGAAACGUAUUGCUCAACGACAAACACUACUAUUUACGACGACACUCUCACAGUUGUGAGUUUUGUAGUAACCAGAGGGUGCACAACCAAUUUUACCGCAGAAGACGAAUGUUCAUUUUCUGAUGUAGUUAGUAGUAUUUCUACGACUGGUUACAAAGAAUUCACUUGCUAUUCAACAUGUUCUUCAAAUGGCUGUAACACAAACAAAGCAAAUGGAUUGCUAGAUGCGGACGAAAAAAAACAUCUGCUAUGUCAUCAGUGUACCUCAGAUACAGGUGACUGUAUCGAUUUCAAUGGAAGAAGCCCCUGUAUGAAUGGAGAAAAAUAUUGCUACGCAAAAGUAAAUUAUCUCAUUUCAGAACGAGAAGAUGAAACUUAUAAAGAUCCAGCAUAUAAAAUUCAGAGCGUCACACGAGGAUGUACAAGUACUGUCAUACCUACGAAAUGCGUCAACACUCCUGUCCCGAGAGUAAGUUUCAAAAACGUUACAUGCACUGAAUCGUGUCAAUGGGAUGGCUGUAACACGGGGUGGCCGGCAAGACCGAAAUGCAUAACUUGUUCUUCCAACAAAGUGAUUGGUGGAUAUAACAGGGAUGGCUAUGACGAGUGCCUUCAAAAUCCUCCUGAAGCAACCGAUUGUGAAUUUCCUUACGAACAGUAUUGUUACAUUUAUGACGAUGGAAAUGAACAAGGUCGAGGAACGUCGCCAACUGGGUAUCCACGAAGAAUCACCCGCGGAUGCAGCUAUCGAGACGUGGGUACAUCAUGCUCAUAUAAAACACUAAGAGGUCACACCAUUCAGACAUGUAACCGUACUUGCGCGACAGAUGGAUGUAAUGUCGGGAAUGGAAGCAAAAAACAUAUGAUAUCGGGCCUUGGUGUCAUUCUGUCGACUGUCAUUACGUGGCUGAUGAAAGUUUACAUGUAAACGAAAAGUCUUAAACGUCAUUUCGUCGACUUUCAUUGUUGCUUUUGAGACAAUAUAAAACAAGAAAUAUUAAUAGUUUGAGAUCAAAAAUAUUAUAACUCACUACAUGUAUUGAAUUAUCGAUAAAUUGAAUAGAAUAAAACAUGCUAAUUUUUUUUUUUUUUGAAAUAAGUAUUGAAGAGCAAAUGAAUGAACUCUUUGAGUCAUGAUGUUUCCUAAUUUUUUCAAAUACUUUAAAUUUAUAUAGUACUUGUCAUGGUUUGAAACAUGUAACUCACAAUGAUAUAAUUUAAAGAAGUAUCGUAAAUAAUAGUUUACUAAAAAUGCACUGAAUUUUACUAGAUUAUAGGGUUAAAAUAAGGCGUUCAUGCAUGGUUGGACGUAUUUUCUAAAAGAGAGCUGCGUCAACGCUGAACAUAAUUUUCGUCACAAGAUUUUGAUAUUCACAUGUACUGUUUUUCUUCUGUAUAACGUUUGAUCAUAAUAUCAUCAUUUGAACGUGCCAUUCAUUAAAUAAUAGAUGAAUAAUUAUAGUGCUGCACAGAACGAGUCGAAUAACGCAACGAAGCACAAAGAGAAAUAGUUUAGGUAUUUUGAAGAUCAAAUUGCGUUUCUGGAUUUAUUUGAAUUACGUAACAGCGGCUGAUCUGAUUUAUAAUGGAGAAUGAAAUAAAAAUUAU